GGCUUUUAUGUGAGUGGCAAAUCCCACAUCCAAUGAUUUUUUUCCAAAGCACAAUCCCACACGGUGCCCCAGGGAACACAUCAAGAGUACAGGAUGAACAGACACUGAUCUGUCUCAGUGAACAGAUGAAGCUUAAUGAGCUUGAUUAGACUGAACACUGAAAGGCAGAAACAAGUUUUAAAAGUAUUUUCUUCUGUGAUUUGCUUGCAAACACUCCAUGGAUGAACACCGGUGUUCAGUGUUGGAGGGAAGCCUUCUCAUCAGAUACCAGUGUGUGCAGGAACUGAUGGAGAUUGCACUGGCUGACACAGAGCACUGAGUGUUUCCAUUCCUCAAGACAAAGUCUGAGAUCUGGUUCUACCAAGCAGCAAGUCAUUCACACAUUUAAUUCUUCUUUACAGAUAGCUUUAGUUUGCAAAUCAAGAGGAAGUCUUGCAGACCAAGUUUCUGGUGAGGCUUCCACCUUCUGCUGACAAUUGCCAGCUGGUCUUGAGAUACUAAAAAUAGUUCUUUUUUUGCAGAAAUGAGAAGUGCCAAUACUUGCAGGAAUUAGUGACACUAAUUCUUCUUUUUCCCCACUUCCACUAUUACUGUGAAUUAUUACUGUGAAUUAUAUUACUCCAAUAUUACUGUGCCCAAUACUGUGAAGAAAUUGUUAGAGUUGGCUCAUUAUUCUGCCCUUCUCAGCCAGCUCAUUGUCCAGCUCUGAGCAAUGUGCAGCAGUUUUACUUGUUGAUAUGCUCCCAUCAAUUUCCCUGUGUUCCAGGCUCUGUCCCCACACAAUCCCAUUCGUUCUAACUCACAGGGUGGUUUCAGCAAUCCUGUUAAACAGCCUAAUCCUGUAGCUCCUGAAAUCAACAGAAAGCAGCUCUUGACUUGUACAAGGAACAAUGUCAGUCUUAAUUUGUAAAUUGUUGUUUUGAGAUGACCUGAGUAGUUUGGGAUGACCUCAGUAGCGUUUCAUCCUUCCAGUAGCCUGGACUUAAUCAGACAGGGUCUGCAUUGUGCUGAGCUGUGCCAUUGCUCUCCCGGCUGGGUCAGCAGACUGCCCAUGUCAGCAAUUCUCACUGUUACAAAAUCGGGAAAUUCAGGGUGGAAAUGAAAUAGUGCAGAUAACGGGGACUUUUUUGGACAGUCAGUGAAAGUCAAGGCCAGGCCAUAGAGAGUUCUGCGUCACAGUCUAUUUCCACCGGCAACUCAAAUCCUGCGACCAAGGCACGUGAGAAGAGCAGAGAACAGAGCAGAGCGGGGCGGAACCGGCGCGGCCCGGGGCGUUCUCGGCACCGGAGGAGGCGCCCGGGGAAAUCGAAACUGUGCCCCGGGCCGGGCCAUGGCCGCCGUCAUCGAGCUCGAGCGGCUGCAGCGCGUCCUGGAGCUGCAUUGCUCGUGCUGCCUGCAGCUCUUCGCGGAGCCGGUGCGGCUCACGGGCUGCGGCCACAGCUUCUGCCGGGGCUGCAUCCUCCGCUACUGCGCGGGGCGGCCCCGCGCCGCCUGCCCGCUCUGCCGCCGCCUCAUCCCGCGGGAGCUGAAGGAAGAACUGGAAACACAGGAGAACCCGGAUCCCUAUGGAGCUGCUGCCUGCAACGACCGGAGCUCGGCAGGGCGGAGACCUGGGGAGAAGGAGGAAGAGAUAUGGGAGAGCUCCAAGCAACAAGAAAUAACUGCAGAGACCAUCCACCUAUUGAGGAAAGAUCUCAGUAAAACAAAGGAAUAUACAUCUCAGAUCAAAAGCCAGAUUAUUAAAGAUUUCUGUUGCAUGAAGGAAUAUGUUGAAAGACAGGAGAGAAACACACUGAUGGUCAUUGAACAAGAGCAAAAAGCUGCUCAACAGAAAAUUGAAGAGACUAUUCACCAGCUCAAAGACAUCAAAGCCCUAACUAGUGACUUAUCUGAGAGGCAGACAUAUGAAGGCUCACCUUCAACAAUAAAUAAAAUUACACUUGAUGAGAAACUUAAUGUUGUCAAAAGUGCUGUAGAAGAUCUUAAGAGAAAGUUGGAAGUUUUACUCUUGGAGAAUUAUGCUCAGCAACUGCCAGCAGUGCAGCCUUCAGACCAGGAGCCAAGUGUCAGCUCAUCAUCUCCAGAGUCUGCAGCUAAAAGUCCUGAACCAACCAUUUCCAGCCAGUUUUCUCAGUGGGCAGAUGAUGUGACUUUGGACCCCACAAGAGUACACGAGCGCUUGGCACUCACAGCCCAGAACAGGAGAGUGAUGGUGUCCAGCUACCUGAUCACUUAUCAACCAUCACCCAAGAGAUUCUCCAUCAGCCAAGUGAUGUGUUCACAGGGCUUCUCUACUGGGUGCCACUACUGGGAAGUAAUUACCAAGGACAGUGAUGGAUGGGCUGUUGGAGUUGCUCAUGAAAUGAUUGGUAAAAGGGACAAAUUGGGAAGAACUGAGCAUUCCUGGUGCGUAGAAUGGCUGGGUCCUAAAAAACAGCUGUCAGCAUGGCAUAAGGAUCAAGAAACAUUAUUACACAAGGACAAACCACUGAAGGUUGGAGUUUUCCUGGAGCUACAAAAGAAGACCGUGUCAUUUUACUCCAUCACUGACAAAGAAACACUUUUGCACACCUUUGAAAUUAGUACUUUAAAUCCUCUCUACCCUGCUUUCUGGCUGUACACUCUAGAAAGAAAUGGAUCUUUAACUAUAAGUCAGCCAAACAGGAGAUAAAGUCUAUUGAGAACAGGGACAAUUUUGCCAAUGACUGCAGAGUUUCUAUACAAGCCUCAGUGUUCAGCACAGGUGUGUACCACAGAACGAAUAUGUAACUACCCAGGCAUUCCUGGGAAUCAGCAACUGAUACUUCUGUCUGCUCUCCUCUUCACACUGUGCUCUGGGCUAGCCAUACUUCACUAAAGCAAUUCCAGCCUAUGCUGAAGGCAGUUACCACCCCUGUGGGAAUCUGGUGGGUUUCUCUAGCAGCUUUAAGUAGUCCAGGAUAUUCCUAGGAAAGAAUGUGCUAAGGAAGCUCUAAUGCUGGGGAUAAGCCUUUCUCAUGGACUUCAUUUUUCCUACAUUGAUAUUAAAAAAUACAGGAAAACAGAUUAUGACAUUACUUCCUGUCAAGUGAGUUUUCUUUAGACAAAUCUGAUUGAUUAAGGAAUGCUCAGAGGUCAAGAAUGUUACUGAUCUUACGUAUGAAAAUCUUUCCCUUUAGGGUAGGCACUAACUUGGAAAUAGGCUUUGGAUUUGAGGACCUGACAUUUCAGGGAUGUAUUUCAGAAGAACAUUGUCUCACUGGAACCAUAUUUUAAUCUUUCCCAGGCCAAAGGGUCAGUCCUGGUGGUGGUGUGACCACAGGCAUAGUUGUGGAAGCAGAUGUUUGGGUGUGUACCCAAACCAGCUAAUAAAUCAUGUGGUCACUUUACUGCCCUUUUAAAGGGCCUGCAAACAGGACUCUGUCAUGGGAAGGACCAUCUGGUCUUGCCAGCAAGCCUGAGACAAAGCAAGAAGUCCUCAGUUGGCCUGUGGGGGGUGAAGGGACCAGAGCUGAGGUCCCACAAAAUUUACAGACGGCUUGAUUUCUGAGAGAUCUACUGCUUCAUGCAAGCAAACUGUCAACAGCAUUCCCAAGAAGCAAAAGCUUUUUCUUCAGUCGGAAGACAGUGACAUUUCAGAAUUGACAAAAUAAAUAGUUUGUUCUGAAUAAA